UUUACCAGUUCCCAUUGCGUAUUUCAGAGAAGCAGUUGCAUUGUUUUGUAUAAAUAAUUACGCCUAUUGAAAAGCUAAAAUGGGUAUUCAGGGCUUAACAAAGCUUAUAGCAGAUAUUGCUCCGCAGGCUGUAAAGGAAAUGGAGAUCAAAAACUACUUCGGACGCAAAAUCGCCAUCGAUGCUUCUAUGAGUCUUUAUCAGUUUCUAAUAGCAGUAAGAAGCGAAGGUGCUCAGCUGACGUCAGUCGACGGAGAAACGACGUCCCACCUGAUGGGAACAUUUUACCGUACCAUCCGUUUGGUAGAGAAUGGAAUCAAGCCGGUGUACGUGUUUGACGGAAAACCGCCCGAGUUGAAGUCCCACCAGCUGAAUAAGCGCGCUGAGCGUCGCGAGGAAGCCGAGAAAGAACUGCAGAAGGCUACUGAAGCAGGUGACCAAGCUUCCAUCGAGAAGUUUAACCGUCGUCUGGUAAAGGUGACCAAACAGCAUGGAGAGGAAGCUCGCAGUCUCCUGAAGCUCAUGGGCAUCCCGGUGGUCGAGGCCCCUUGUGAAGCUGAGGCUCAAUGUGCCGCACUUGUAAAAGCCAGCAAAGUGUUUGCGACAGCCACAGAAGAUAUGGACGCGCUAACCUUCGGAGCAAACGUGCUGCUCCGUCACCUGACUUUCUCCGAGGCGAGGAAAAUGCCAGUUCAGGAGAUACAUCUGGAAAGAGUACUAGACGGAUUAGAGCUUAAGCACAAUGAGUUCAUUGACCUCUGCAUCUUAUUGGGCUGCGACUACUGUGGAUCCAUCCGCGGCGUGGGACCCAAACGCGCCAUCGAACUGAUCAGACAACACCGCACACUAGACGAGAUAUUGAAGAACAUCGACACGACUAAGUACCCGCCGCCAGAAAACUGGGACUACGCAGACGCUAGGAGGCUGUUUAUAGAGCCCGAGGUCACGGAUCCUAAGGAUAUUGAGCUAAAAUGGUCAGACCCCGAUGAGGAAGGCUUAGUAAAGUUCCUCUGCGGAGACAAGCAGUUUAAUGAAGAACGAGUCAGAAACGGGGCCAAGAAACUCAUGAAGGCGCGAUCCACCACCACACAAGGCAGGCUGGAUGGAUUCUUUAAGGUAUCAACAACGCCGAACCCCAAACGUAAAGCAGAGGAAGAGAAAAAGAACGCAGCCAACAAGAAAGCGAAGACGGGCGGGAGAGGACGCAAGCCGAAAUAAACAUCAAGUACUUCGAGUAGUGUUUAAGUAACUAUUGUUUAGUGUUGCUAGAUGUUGGGACUGCCAGACGUCAUAUCACAUCAGAAAGGAUUGCAUAGUGUUUGACGACAAGAGUUACGUUGAGCUACUGAUGUGCCGAUAGAAAGUUUCUAAAAUUCUGAAAUUUUCACAUAGGAAAACUUCGGAAACUUUCCAUACUUUGUAUGGACAAUAGUAUGGAUGGAAACUUUCCAUUUCAUAAAUUUAAAUUCCCUGUAUUUUUCGUGAAUCUUUCAAGAAAUUUAAGAAUUUUUUGGAAAGUUUUCGCAACUUGCACAUAAUUAAGUUGAGCCAUGUAAAUUUAUAAGUGCGUAAAAUACUGCGGCAAAUGUUAAAAAACGUGUUAUUAUUAUGUGGGCUGCAUUGGGGUAAUUUCGAAGCACAGAAAUGCUCGGGUAAUUUCGAAAGGGGAAUCUUGAUAUGAUGGAAAUAAUGGUGAUUUUUAUGUGAUUUUAGAAAUUAGACGACUUUCGAAAUUACCCCAAUGCACCCUACGUAUAAUCCGUUUCCUUAUAAGAGAUAUGGCAUAUAAUAUAACCCUAUAGAUGCCACUUAAAAUGUAUGAGACGUAAAUUACCACCUUUUUAUUUUUUUAACUGGUUCUUUUACUAGAUUAAA